AUGGGGUGGGGGAGAGAGUGGGUGGAAGGAAAACCCAGAGGGGUAAAAGGAGGGCACGCAGGCGAGCUGGGAAGGAGGGAGGAAGGAGGGGGCGGUGAAAGCAGAGCUAUGAUGCAGACAGCAAAUCACAUGAGCAGGGAUCUGUUUACAAACUGAGACCUUUAGACAGAGAACGUGGGGAAGAGAGACGAGGAAGGAGAGUGAAUGUGAGAAGAAAAGAGAAAAAAAAGAAACCACAGGCGGAGAGAGGAGACCCUAGGUCUGAGUUAACAUUGGCUGCAUUGUCUUCCUGCGUUGACAUACCUCCCCGUGUUCUGUGUUCACAGCAGGAAGCCGGGGGAAGAGAUGAGUUGCUGCUUUCCACGGGAACACUGAGAGGCUGCCUGCCUGCUUGGCUGGCUGUGCUGCCGGGAGAACCCGUCCACGUCCCUCCCUUUGUCUCUCCAUAAUUGGCAACGGCAGGUUUUCACAGCCAGAGAGGACGAAAGCGGCGUGGAGAUCUAAAAGGAGCGGACAGAGGAGUGAGAAGAAAGGGAAAAGAGAACAGAAGAAGAGGAAGGGAAGGACAGCCUUGUCACAGUGUUUUGAAGGGGGAAACAAAGCCAGAGGCUCAUAACAAAAGUGCUGUAUGGGAUUUGGAAUACAUUUCCUUGUCUUGUCAGUGACAUUGGUGUCUUCUCAUCAGCACAACUCCACGUCGGAUUCUUUGUCAUUUGUGGGAAAUGCACAAAGGAGCACUUUAGUUUCUACCUCUGAUACAUUCGCAGCCGUCUGGGAGUCAAAAUCUCACAUAAGUGGAUGUUUUUUAUGACAUUCAUGGGGUAAAAUCAUCCCAGCAGACUGAAACAUUGUGUUCAAGGUCCUAGGUGUCUCUGAUCAGGUGUACUGACUCGAGACCACAAGGAUUUAACACAGGUAUAAGAGGAACCUGGAGGCGGACAUCAUUUUCAGUGCUGGAAACAAUCCCAGAAAAGUUGUGCAAAUCAUAGUUUGUGAUACUGGAACGGCUUACUGGGUUUGCUAUAUGAACAUUUCUAUAUGAACAUUUGAUGCAUCCUGUCCACUGGUGUAACGGGUGUCUAUGUAACCUCGGACUGCAGAACUCUGAUCCUUACUGCAAGAUGACAUCAGAAACAUUGCACGAACUGCCGCUCAACGUCUACAUAAUCAUCCUGGGCAUCGGCCUCUUCAUCCUCAUGCUCAGCCUCAUCUUCUGCUGCUACCUGUUCAGACUGAGGCGACGAGGUGCUAGAGGGCAGUACGGCUACAACGAGGUUGUUUUAAAAGGAGCGGAGAAGAAACUGAGCCUACUUGGUCAAACAUGUGCGGUGUGCUUGGAAGAGUUUCGCAGCAGGGACGAGCUUGGAGUGUGCCCGUGUUCCCAUGCUUUUCACAAAAAGUGUCUGCUAAAAUGGUUAGAGAUUCGCAGCGUGUGCCCCAUGUGCAACAAGCCCAUUUGUCGCCUCCAGCCUGACCACCAGCAACCAGUGCCUCAGAGUCUCCUGGAGGUCUGAGAGUGGAGCGUACGUCCAGCAGCACUCCACGGCUCUUCAGUCAAUUGACCUGUCACUGUACAGAAUCCUGUUCCACAAUCUGACACACAGUACUUUUAGUAAUGUGAGUAUUUAUGAGGCAGAGCUCUUCUGAAAGUGGAAAUAAAUAUAGAUAUGAGAGUAAAUAAGGAAAGCCAAAGAACAUUCCCGGCAAACUGAAUAAGGUGAGAGAUUGGAAUGGUAAUCACAUUUAAUCUGUAUGUACACGGCAUUCAUGAUAGAGUUGCAGUAGGUUGAAAUCAACCAAAGGCAGAAAAAAGGAGAAAGUUCAAAAAUAACUAGCCAUCUCAUAUGGCUUUCCCAUCAUUGAAUUCACAGAACUCAAACCUCUCUCUCCCACCUGAAGGUCCUGCAUGUUCCUGCUUGGAAUUCAUUUCUUUAGAUAAAAGGUGUACACUUGCAAUUUAGAGUCUAUUAAUUUAGUUUGGUGUUAUUCUCCCUUUGUGCAGCCAUGCACAGCUCCAAGUGCUCUGGGUAUGUUUGGAUCACCCACUCAUGACUAGCUUUGCAGACACAAAACAGACUUUUUUUAAAGUCAAACUAACGCAACCAUGAUAGCGAUGAUCAUCACUAUCGACCAUAGCUGGGAAUGGCCCAGAGACCAGAAAGCAGUUUCUAGUGGAGGACUUGUUUAAGGCCAAAAAGGCAUAUGAGGUCAGAAGGUAGCACUAAGUUUUUCAGUUUUGGCUCUCUUCAAGUUUGUCCUCUUUUCCCAGCUGGCAUCAAGUGAGGUUUGACUGUUUUGAACAGAGGUGGAAGAGAUUCAGUGAGCAUGGGCACACCAAGAGUUAGCAAUCCAAGUGGAGCAGACGUGGAGGGAGAGGUGCAGCACUUCACAGUGGGAUAAUCUGGAGUCAGAUUUAAAUAAAGCUACUUUUUAAUGGUGUGGUCACAGAAUUAUUAUUUCACCUCUUGGCGAUCAGCUAUUCCAGUCUGUGCGGAUUGCCUCGCCGAUCAUGAGCUAGCUUUUUAAAGCCUGAAAACAAAACCCAGAGAAAGUGCAGCAGUCCACUUUCCUCUGCAACUGCUGGAUUACCGCGUGCUGGGAGGUUAUCGAUUUUCUUUUUUUUCAUUGUUGCCAAAACGAUUUUGUCCACUGUAGCUUUAACACAGUCAAGCCAGAUGUGUAAACUAACGGACAAGCGCCUUCAAGAUGCAUACAAUGCAAAGCCCACUAAAAACAGAUGAAGUAUUUAAGAGACUUUGUAAUAUAAAAGAGAAAAAGAAACUGGAUUUGAAGUGAAAAAUGUAGCAUCCA